AUGCAAAUUUCGCAAAUUCAAUUAUUUGAAAAUUAUGCAAAGGUCGACAGUCUUAUUAAAGAACAACUUAAUUCUUUAAUCAAAGUGUUUGAUGGCGUUAUGAAAGUUUUGGACUUCACAAAGAAAUUUGUAAAUGUACAACAACGUGGUAUUGAUCAAAAAGCUCUUGUUAACAAUAGUUCUGAAAUGAUCAAGUACCUGAGACAUGUUGCUAAGGUUGAACUAAUUAACUCAGUUCUUAUGUCAAUAAAUACAAUUGCUGAUGAAGAACAGCGCAAUAAUAUUUCCGAAAUGACCAAGAACCACGAGCUUGUAGAUCCUAUUGGAAGAAGAGUAUCUGAUCACCGUGGAAGUAAGAAGCAUAUUGUAAAAAAGACCUUAAAACAAAGUAUAGCGUUGCUUGUAUUCCUAUCACCAUCACAGAAGAUAAUUUACGAGUACUCAAAAGAUUCAAGCACAACUUAUGAUUUUAAGAAAACUUCGAGAUUCUCCCAAUAUUUUGAAAUUUUAUGGGCUCUCUAA